AUGAACAACCGAGCGCAAAGAAUUCUAAAUAUGUUGGAGCUUGGGAGUCCCGUCAAACAUCUAACAAAAAAGGACUGCGAUGAAAGUGGCAGUCCAGACGAAACGCCAAGAGAUCUAGGUACUGUUGCACUCAACUAUAAUUCUAGCACAAUGCCGCCUGAAAAUUUACUUGAAAAUAUAUCUCAAGAUAAUUAUGCCGAGGAUCUAAAUGAUGACUCCACAAAUUCUAUUCCAGACAGCCAGCCCGAUCUCGGUUUCUCAGUACUCGACGAAAUAGAUUCAUUUUCUGUUCUAAAUAUUCCAUCGCAAAAAAGGACAAAUAAGUAUAUCGAAGAAAGUGACACUGCUAGCCAAUCAAACACGGGGACUGAUUUUUCAUCAGACGAUAUCGUUAAAGACCCCAACUAUUCAGUUGACUCAGACGACAAAAUAUACUCGGAUCUUGAAGAAUAUUUAUAUCCUUAUAACGAUUGUUCAUCACCGAAACCUGGACCAUCGAGGGUGAACAUUUUCCAGCGCUCAGCAAUUGUUUAUGAACCAGUUGAAUCCAACAGCAGUCAACAACAACUACGACUUACUUGUAAUAAUUCUCAGUCUGCAAUAGUAAUUGACCCACCGAAUUAUGACAUAACUUAUACUUAUCCUCGUAUACCUAAUAGCGUAGAAACUCCACCAUCAAGCGCUUAUAUCGAAAAUCCUAGCGUUGAAGCUAUUGAUGAAGCAGGAGUAAAAAAAUCACGGAAAAGAAAAGCGCACCCAGAAUUAUGGAAAAAUUUAUAUAAUAUAUAA